GGGCGGGGUGGGGGUGGGGUGGCGGACGAAGGGCGGGGCCGACGCCAGGAAGGAUCGCGAAGGAGCUGGGAAGCCCCGCCCUUUCCGUAGAUAUCUCUAGAAAGCCGCGCUGGAUCCCGAAAACAAGGACUGCGCACGCGCGGCGGUAGGGCCCGGGCAUUUUGCUGCGUCACCAGCCGCCGCCCGGCCUCACCACCCCUCGUUUGCACGCACGCACGUUCAUUCUCCGUCCUCCCGCCCGUUUUCCUACACUUUCCUCUUCUCCCCGACCGGAGGAGCCGCUCUUUCCGCGCGGUGCAUUCUGGGGACCGAGGUCGAGCCCGCCGCUGCCGCUGUCGCCUGAGGGAAGCGAGAAGAGGCCGCGACUGGGGAGAAAACGCGGAGUCGCCACCGGAGAGAAGUCGACUCCCUAGCAGCAGCCGCCGCCAGAGAGGCCCGCCCACCCGUUCGCCCGUCCCCCUGCCCCGUUCACAAUGCAGCCUGCUUCUGCAAAGUGGUACGAUCGAAGGGACUAUGUCUUCAUUGAAUUUUGUGUUGAAGACAGUAAGGAUGUUAAUGUAAAUUUUGAAAAAUCCAAACUUACAUUCAGUUGUCUCGGAGGAAGUGAUAAUUUUAAGCAUUUAAAUGAAAUUGAUCUUUUUCACUGUAUUGAUCCAAAUGAUUCCAAGCAUAAAAGAACGGACAGAUCAAUUUUAUGUUGUUUACGAAAAGGAGAAUCUGGCCAGUCAUGGCCAAGGUUAACAAAAGAAAGGGCAAAGCUUAAUUGGCUUAGUGUCGACUUCAAUAAUUGGAAAGACUGGGAAGAUGAUUCAGAUGAAGACAUGUCUAAUUUUGAUCGUUUCUCUGAGGAUUCACAAGACAGUGAUGAUGAAAAAAUGCCAGAUCUGGAGUAAGGAGUAUUGUCAUCACUUGGAUUUUGAGAAAGAAAAAUAACUUCUCUGCAAGAUUUCAUAAUUGAGAGAAUUCCUGAGUUGAUAGCUCUAAAGGCAGAUGCUGUAUUUGCCUACUUUAACCCAUUUUUCAACCUGUUUUGUUUUUUAAAAGGCUUCACUAAGGGUUGAUAUGUACCAUUGUAUGGGGCAAUUUUAAGUCAGCUAAGGCAAUAACCUUAUGCAUGAACAUUUCCCAGACUUUCAUGAAGCUGUUGAGGUCCUAGGCAAUUGAUGCAGCUGUUGUGAUAAAUAGAAACAUCUCACCUAAGUCUCCUUUUCUUCAUAACAUAGAUACUGACAUGAUAGGAAGCUCUCAGCUUAGGGAAAGAGAACUAAAUUUUAGAUUAUAGAACAUGGAUUCAAAAGUGGCUGGAACAAAUUGGCUGACACCUUACUGGUAACCUGCUGUUCUCCUGGUGUUCCUUCAGGAUUGUUCCACUAAAAUUUAUUUUUCAAAAAAUUUACUUCACAUUAUUCUAUGUAAGUGAUCCCUUGUCAGUGUUCCAGGUGUAUCUUAGUUAAAACUAGAGAAUGCCCUAACUUAGAUGGUUUUUGAAGCCUAUACAUUUGGUAUUGUUUGACCCUUAAGCUUUUACAUCUCUUAGCAUGGAGGACGAAGAAGGCUGUACAUUGUUGCUUGAGAGUCUGUACAUUAGACCAGAUUUGUAUUUGCACUGUCAAGUAUGGCAAAUGAGUGAAAAAUGUUUAAUACACUAUUGGAUUUUUUAUUUCUUUUUUUGAUUCAGCUUAUACCAGGGCUGAAAACCUCAAUUUAUGUUCAUGACAGUGGGGAUUUUUUUAAAUGUCUACAUUCUUUCUAAUAAACUGUUGGAAGACUUCUUGGCUGUCCUUUUAAGUGUCUGGCUUACUGUAAUUUUUAUGUAUUUACCAUUUACUGGAAUGGAGUUUAUUUUUAUUUGAGGAAGAAUUUGGGAUUAUUCCUCUGUUUGAAAAGAGGCUUGCUGUAAUGUCACAGGAAACCUUUUAAAAGUGGAUCUGUAAUAGAAUAUUGUAGAUGCACUUUGCAGCAGUUGGAAAAGAAAGUGUUGUGAUUUGAUUGAAAUAAAACUAAAUGUGUUGUCCUCCU